AUGUCCAGUUCAAAACAACUCGAGAUUCAAUUCGAAGAUCAUCGCCAGAAUCAGAACAAGUGGCUGUGUCCUCUUAGAGAAGAUGUGUUUGCAGCUUUUAUUAGCAAAGCUAAUUCAACGGUGCACGACAUCUUCGGAGCCGCCAGCUCAUUCUUCAGCCCGUUUCUGUUCGGGAAGUUCUUCGAUCCUUCGGACGCAUUUCCGCUUUGGGAGUUCGAUCCGCAAGCUUUGUUGCCGAAUACUCCUAACAGUUCAGGACACGAAACCGUGGAUUGGUUCCGAACGGAUAACGGUUAUGUCCUAAGAGCACAACUCCCGAUCGGGAUAAGCCAUAACACCAUCCAAGUUUGCAUCUCAAAUGGAAAGAUUCUAGAGAUAAAUGGGCAAUGGAAACAACAGAGAGAAUCCAAGACAAGGGAUUGGAAGAGCAGUCAUUGGUGGGAGAACGGCUUUGUGAGGAGGCUCGAACUACCCGAGCUAGCGGAUUGGAGAAACUUAGAGGCACACGUGAAAAACGAGCUCGUGUUAGAGAUCAAAGUUCCUCACAUUACAGCUGAGGAAUGUGGAGUAAGUGAGUUUACUAAAGAGGAAGUCGAAGCUCUACUCAAUGGGAAGUUGCAAAUUAAAAACAAGUUUAAUUACAAGGAAAAAAGCGAACAAAUGGCUGAGUGCAUAAAAAAGCUUAAGCAAUGUAUCAAGUGGUUCCAACAACUCGAAGGCAAUUACGUUACUGAACAAGGGAAACUAAAGGACUUGUUGGGAGUAGCAGAAAAGAGGUCCAAUGAUAUGGAGUUGUUGAUGAAAGCUAAAGAGGGUGAGUUGAAUUCCAUUAUUAUGGAUUUGCGGCAAAAAUUGGAGGAUCUGCAAGAGAAAUUUGUAGGGGAAGAACGAGAGAAAUUGGAUGCAUUAGAUUCUUUGGCGAAGGAGAAAGAUAACAGACUUGCUGCUGAGAAAUUGCAAGCCUCUAUUUCAGAAGAAUUAAAACGAGUUCAAGAAGACAAUGCUGCUGGUAUUCAGAAGAUACAGACGCUUAAUGAUAUGUAUAAGAGAUUGCAGGAGUAUAACACAAGCUUACAGCAAUAUAAUAGUAGACUGCAGUCCGAACUUCAGGCAACAAAUGAGACAUUAAAGCGUGUCGAGAAGGAGAAGGCAGCAGUAGUGGAGAACUUGAGUACACUGAGGGGCCACUAUACAUCUUUGCAAGAGCAGCUUACAUCCUCAAGAGCAUCGCAAGAUGAGGCUAUGAAACAAAAGGAAGCACUGGGUAGCGAAGUUACGAGCUUGAGAGGUGAUCUGCAGCAAGUACGGGAUGAUCGUGAUCGGCAGUUGCUACAAGUCCAGGCCCUAUCGGCUGAAGUUGUAAAAUACAAAGAAUGUACUGGAAAAUCCAUUGCCGAGUUAGACAGCCUAUCAACUAAAACAACUGAACUAGAGUCGACAUGUUUGUCUCAAAGCGAACAGAUAAGAAGGCUACAAGAGCAACUUGCUUUUGCAGAAAAGAGAUUGAAGCUAUCUGAUAUAUCGGCAAUGGAAACCAGAUCUGAAUUUGAGGAACAGAAGACAACCAUUCUGGAGUUACAAAAUUGUCUGGCUGAUGCAGAGUUAAAGAUUGCAGAAGGGGAGAAACUACGCAAGAAAUUGCACAACACAAUCCUGGAGUUGAAAGGGAACAUCCGCGUGUUUUGUAGAGUGAGGCCCCUUUUGUCCGAUGAUGGGGUUGGAAAUGAUGCUAAAGUUGUCUCAUUUCCGACAUCAACAGAAACACUGGGCCGAGGCAUAGAUUUGACACAUAAUGGUCAAAAGUUUCCUUUCACAUUCGAUAAAGUGUUCAUGCCCGAUGCCUCUCAGGAAGAUGUUUUUGUGGAGAUCUCACAGCUUGUUCAGAGCGCACUUGAUGGAUAUAAGGUAUGCAUAUUUGCUUAUGGGCAAACAGGUUCAGGCAAGACCCACACUAUGAUGGGUAAGCCAGGACUACCUGAUCAGAAAGGUCUCAUUCCAAGAUCACUAGAGCAGGUAUUCGAGACGAGGCAAAUUCUUCAAGCCCAAGGAUGGAAGUACGACAUGCAGGUUUCAAUGCUUGAGAUAUACAAUGAAACAAUUCGUGACCUACUGGCACCAAAUAGAACAGGCUUGGAUGCAUCAAGAGCAGAAAAUGCUGGAAAGCAAUAUGCUAUCAAACAUGAUGCCAAUGGAAACACUCACAUUUCUGAUCUAACUGUUGUGGAUGUUCGAAGUAGCAAGGAGGUUUCUUACCUCUUGGAAAGAGCAGCACAAAGCAGGUCGGUAGGCAAGACCCAAAUGAACGAACAGUCUUCAAGGAGUCAUUUUGUCUUCACGUUGCGAAUAAUGGGUUUUAACGAGAGCACUGACCAACAAGUGCAAGGUGUUCUUAACCUGAUCGACCUUGCUGGUAGUGAGCGUUUAUCCAAAAGCGGGUCUACUGGGGAUCGACUGAGAGAAACUCAGGCCAUCAAUAAGAGUUUAUCAUCAUUAAGUGACGUCAUAUUUGCGUUGGCCAAGAAGGAGGAGCAUGUGCCUUACAGGAACUCCAAGCUAACCUAUCUUCUCCAGCCUUGCUUAGGUGGAGACUCAAAGACCUUGAUGUUCGUCAAUGUUUCUCCGGAUCCUUCGUCAGUGGGUGAAUCACUUUGUUCACUUCGGUUUGCAGCUCGUGUGAAUGCCUGUGAAAUUGGGGUCCCAAGACGCCAAACGAACCUAAGAUCGUCAUCCUCAUCAGACUCUCGCCUGAGCAUUGGUUGA